UUCAAUUGAAGAGUCAUAUCGUCCACCGCCACUAUGACUGUCGUAGACAAGAUAAAAGAGACCGUUGGUCUUGAACCCCGAAAGGCCACCCGCGAGGAAAUGAGCGCGGCGAGAUUGCCAAUUCCCUACCGAGACUCAUGCGCACAUCUUCUAAUCCCCCUCAACCGGUGUCGACAAGACGAGUUCUACCUUCCCUGGAAGUGUGUGGACGAGCGCCAUUCAUACGAGAAAUGCCAAUACGACGAGUUCAAGCUACGUGUCGCAAAGAUGGACGAGUUGAGGGCAGCCAAGGGCGGAGAGAGGAGCAAUUGAGGCACGAUAUCAGAAGAGGUGGAUCCGCGGAGUUUCCAGAGAGCCAAAGAGAGCCAGAGGAACGCUGCUUGUAUAUAUCCGCAGCUUAUCCACUCGAAUACCAAAAUGCACGAAAUUUAACGCCAUUGAGUGUCCAAUUCAUUGCAACACGAGAAGAGCCGCUGUGGGAGCCGGUGUCAAAUGAGAGCGUUCUCGCUACAAAUGAUCAUAUUGAUGGUAACAAUGCUAAAGAUAUUCUAUACACGGUACACGCAGAUUCCCGCCCUUAUGUUCUGGCCAAUAUCGAUCAUGACAAUCC